AUGGGCUCUAAAAGAAAACAAAAGGAAAAGCAAAAGGAUUUUAAAAAGGCCAAGUUGAAGGUUGGGAAGACGGCACAGAAAGCAGAUAAUUACACCGAUACAUCAUUCAAAUCAAAGACAAUAUCUCUACCAGGCCAGUCGAUAACCAAUGUCCGAUCAUCUAAGGAUUUGCAGCACCAGCUAUCAUUAACAAAGCAUCACUCUUCAACAGCCAGGAAGGAAGUUGUGAUUAGCUUGACCCAAAACUUGCCAUCAAAUCCAUCUAGUUAUAAACAAAUCAUAUCAAGUAUUACACCAUUGAUGCUAGACGAAUCGAAGCAGGUACGAUUAGAAGUAUUAAACCUUUUGAAAGAGUGCGGGAAGAGGCAGCCAGGACUAUUGGACUUGCAUAAACGUACGAUAAUCUUGUUCAUAAUAUCAGCAAUGACACAUAUACAACCCAAUAUAAGAAACACAAGUACUAAAUUCCUUGAUGUGAUGAUUGAGUACGCUGAUAUUAAACUGUAUUUCGUCAAGAUCUUGAAAAACUUUUUUAUAUUAAUGAGUUGGCCAUUACAAAAUGAUUCAAAGUCAAAGAGUAUAUCCAUUACAUCGGGCUCCUCAGUCCUUCUUGGGACGAACACCAAGAAAGCACGUAUUGACCAUUUGUCAGCAUUGGCAAAAUUUUUAGACGCUACUUUAUUUGAACAAGAUAAUACAACUGGUAAAGAUUCUAACCUAAGUGUAGUAACUACACACCCACAAUCUUGCAAGUACUUAAUAUCAACAAUCCCUCAAGCUUAUGCACCAUUGAAAUUGUUUGUUAAUGAAAUAAGUACCAACGAUGGGAAUUUAGGAGAAUUGAAGAAUUUGGAUACAUUAACGACAGAGGAUUUGUCAACAAGAGUUAAUGUAAUGAAAGACUUCUUUAAAGAGAGGUUGAUAAAUAGUCUUUUGAAUUUGGUGAAGGAAGGUGGUGAAGUCGGUCGUGAAUCAAACAAGUGCUUGCAUAUUUUAGAAAAGGUAUAG